CCGGUUCCAUGGAAUCCGGUAAUGGCCGAUGUUUUUAUUCUCUCUGGUUCUUAAAAACAUCACCGAGGAACUGAAAAAUGCAACUACCAUAGUUCGUUGAGCUUUCCUUCUCACUCCUCGUUCUGUGAGUUUCCUUCUCCUCCUCCUACCUCGCCCUUUUCAGGUCGCCGGAAACCUUAUCCGGCGUACUCACAGUGACCGGAGAAUCUUCUAAUUCUGUUUUUCAUCGAUUCAUUUCUGUUCGUCGAAGAAGCUCUUCUUUCGGUUUUUUCCCUCUAAAACUCUAUAAACCUUCCGAUAUUGCAUCUUUAACCGCCGUUUUGCUCUCAUCUUUAAACCAUCGCUGGAAGAGAAUCUCCGGUGAAGUUGACGCAAUAUUAAUUGACUAUAGUUUUGCUGGAAUUAAUAAAGUGCAGAAGUAAUAGCAAAAACAAAACAAAAAAACCAGAGUUGAUUAAUACCUUGAAGAACAAGCGCUAUGUUAGAUCUUAAUCUGAAUGCCGAUUCGACUCAGAACGAUAACUCGCUCGUGCUGUUGGACAAGUUUCCCGAAGCUUCUUCGGGGACAUCGAAUUCCUCCAUCGUGAAUGCGGACGGGUCCAGCAACGGAGGAGGCGACGACGACUCGUGCUCCACACGCGCUGGCAACGUGUUUACCUUCAAUUUCGGUAUCCUUAAAGUUGAAGGCGGGAACGACGUCGUGGCAACUAAGGAGCUGUUUCCGGUGAGCACCGGGAACUGGCAGGGGCAGCCUUCGACGUCGUCGUUUCCCGCAAGGAAGAGCUUGGUGGAUCUCUCGUUGGAUCAUCAUCGAGGCGAAAACAGUGAGAUGAAGAUGCUUCAGGUUCAACAACAGCCUCAGGUCAAGAAGAGUAGGAGGGGUCCAAGGUCUCGGAGCUCUCAGUACAGAGGAGUCACCUUCUACAGGAGGACCGGAAGAUGGGAAUCGCAUAUCUGGGAUUGCGGGAAACAAGUCUAUUUGGGUGGAUUUGACACCGCUCAUGCUGCUGCUAGAGCCUAUGAUCGAGCUGCUAUCAAGUUCAGGGGUCUUGAUGCUGACAUCAAUUUCAAUCUCAUUGAUUAUGAGGACGAUCUGAAACAGAUGAAGAAUCUUUCCAAGGAGGAAUUCGUGCACAUACUCCGUCGCCACAGCACCGGUUUCUCAAGGGGGAGUUCAAAAUACCGAGGAGUGACACUUCACAAAUGUGGCCGUUGGGAAGCUCGAAUGGGACAAUUCCUUGGAAAAAAGUAUAUAUAUCUUGGGCUAUUCGACAGCGAAGUAGAAGCUGCAAGGGCUUAUGACAAGGCAGCUAUCAAUUGCAACGGAAGAGAGGCAGUGACUAACUUUGAGCCAAGCACAUAUGAAAGCGAGAUGAAACCUGAAGCUAUUAAUGAAGGUGGCAGUCACAAUCUUGACCUCAAUCUGGGCAUAGCUACCCCAGGACAUGGUCCCAAAGAAAACGGGGGGCAUCUUCAGUUCCAGUCCGUCCCAUACAACUUGCAUCCUGGAAGAAGUUCAAGGAUGGAGGCUAAUGUUAAUUCAGUAAUUGGUGAUCCAUCUUUGAAAGGGGUGGUUGUAACGGAAGAGCGUCCUUCUGUUUGCAAUGCCACAUAUUCCAGUUUCUUUCCCAAUGAGGAAGGAGCAGAGAGAAUUGGUAUAGACCCUUCGAAAGGACUCCCCAACUGGGUGUGUCAAACGCGUGGCCAGGUCACAACUACCCGAGUACCACCUUUCUCUUCAGCAGCAUCAUCAGGAUUCUCAGUUUCAGCUACCUUUCCAUCGACUGCCAUCUUUCCAACGAAACCUAUGAACUCAAUUCCGCAGAGCCUAUGUUUUGCUUCAACCAGUACACCUGGUAGCAAUGCAUCUCAAUACUAUUACCAGGUGAAGUCUCUGCAGGCACCACCCUAGCCUAUCUUGUAAUACAGAUAUGAAAGGCAAAUCGCAACAAGACUUUGCGUUAAAAAAAUCAUUGUAUAAUUCAGUUACUGAUAUGACAUAUGAUUGGAAACCCUU